AUGCGGGAGGCGAAGUUGGGACCCGACGUGAUCAGCUGCAGCGCUGGCGUCAGCGCGUGCGGGAAAGCCGAGCAGUGGCAGCAGGCGCUGUCGCUGCUCGGCGAGAUGCGAGAGGCGAAGUUGGGACCCGACGUGAUCAGCUGCAGCGCUGUCGUCAGCGCGUGCGCGAAAGCCGAGCAGUGGCAGCAGGCGCUGUCGCUGCUCCGGGAGAUGUGGGAGGCGAAGUUGCGUCCCGACGUCAUCAGCUGCAGCGCUGUCGUUACCGCGUGCGGGAAAGCCGCGUGGCAGCAAGGGCUGUCGCUGCUGAAGAGGAUGUGGGAGGUGAAUCUAUAUUCCGACGUGAUCAGCUACAACGCUGGGAUGGGUUUAUGCGAUGAAGCGGGGCAGUGGAAGCGGGCGCUGUCGCUGCUCGGCAAGAUGAGGGGGGCGAGUCUGGAGCCCGACGUCAUUCACCUACAACGCUGCGGUCAACGCGUGCAAGAGGGGCCGUCAGUGGCGACGGGCCCUGCUGUUGUUUAG